AUGGGCUACGAGGAUAACUCUGACAACGGCUAUGGCCCCAAGGGGCUGUCAGACUCUGAAGGCGAAAAGGCCUAUGUCGCGCCGCCGCCCUUCGAGGCCGACAUGGUGGGCGAGAUGAGCGAGGCCGAGCGUCAUAUCUACGACCACGGAAUCCAGAAGUACAACCGUCUGGGCUGGAAGCGCCUCACCAUCGUGCUGAUUGUCGAAGCCAUCGCCCUGGGUAGUCUAUCCAUCCCCCAGACUUUUGCCUACCUGGGCAUGGUCGCCGGCACCAUCUGCUGCGUGGGCUUGGGCCUGGUCGCCAUCUAUACCAGUUACAUUGUCGGCCAGGUCAAACUAGCCUUUCCCCAGGUCGCCAACUAUGCCGACGCUGGUCGUCUGAUGUGGGGUCGCUUCGGCUACGAGCUGAUCAACAUGAUGUUGGUCCUGCAGCUUAUCUUCUUGACUGGCUCGCACUGCCUGACGGGCACGAUCGCAUUCAUGAACAUCACGGGUAGUGAUAUUUGCUCCGUUAUCUUUGCCGUCGUCUCUGCUAUUAUCCUGCUUGCCCUGGCUGUCCCGCCCAGUUUCACAGAAGUGGCCAUUCUGGGUUAUGUUGACUUUGCAUCCAUCAUCAUCGCUAUUGGCAUUACAAUCAUUGGAACGGGUGUGGAUGCUCAAAGCCAGCCGGGAGGACUGGCUGCAGUCCCCUGGUCAGCGUGGCCUAAGGCAGACUUGACCUUUACCGAGGCCUUUAUCGCUGUGUCCAACAUCAUCUUUGCCUAUAGCUUUGCGAUGUGCCAGUUCUCAUUUAUGGAUGAGAUGCACACGCCCAAGGAUUUCGUCAAAUCAAUCUGGGCGCUUGGCAUCACUGAGAUCGUUGUCUAUACCAUUACCGGUGCACUUAUCUAUGCGUUCGUGGGCCAGGAUGUAUCGAGCCCAGCCCUGACUUCCGCUGGCGCCACCCUCAGCCGCGUCGCCUACGGUGUUGCCCUCCCUGUCAUUUUCAUCAGUGGAUCAAUCAACACGGUCGUCUUGGGGCGCCUCGUCCAUGGUCGCAUCUUCGCCAACUCUCCCAUUCGCUUUAUCAAUACCAAGAUGGGUUGGAUCACCUGGCUGGCUGUGAUUACUGGGGCCACCAUCAUUGCCUUUGUCAUUGCGGAAGUGAUUCCCUUCUUCAAUGACUUGUUGUCGAUCUCCUCCGCCCUGUUUAUCUCGGGCUUCACAUUUUACUUCCCGGCCCUGAUGUGGUUCAUGCUGAUCCGCAAGGGCGGUAUAAUGGAGCCGAAGAACCUAUUGCUCACAGUGAUCAACGGGUUCAUUCUGAUCAUCGGGUUGGUGAUUCUGGUGGCUGGUACCUACUCCAGUAUUGACGAUAUUAUCGACAAGUAUAGAACGGGCUCUGUGCGAGGCGUUUUCACCUGCGCGGCUCCUUCCUAA